CGCUCGAUUACCGGCGUGCAGUACUAGCAAUGUGAUUGCAGAAGUUGUCCAGGUGUCUGUACUGUGUUAAGAACCUCAUGUAUAUAACUUUUAAUGUUAUACGCUUGACAAUACUUUGAGGGACACAAAUUGAAUGUGGAGACAGAAAGCCGUUUAACUGCGAUUGUUUAUGGUGAAGAUCGACGCGCUAGUUCGCCUUUAUCAGCAUGUCUUGCUUAGAGUGGGCUGAGUCUCAGCUUGCAGAGAUAGAGCUGCUGUCCAGCAUGUUUCCCACCCGGGAGGAGCUGGAGAUCACAGACCAGCUGGCUCUAGCUGAGCUCAGGGACUAUGUGGAGGGCUCAGCUUCAACAGACAGCCCCCCUUCAUCCAGACCUCAGUUUUUCAUCAAACAGAAGCUGGACACUGCAAGCAUGGAGAGGACGGAUGUCGUUCUAUCCUGUGCUUAUCCAUCUGAAUAUCCCAGUGUGUUACCAGAGAUUACAGUCCGGUGUGCCGGUCUCAGCAGGGCCCAGCAGACAAAGCUCCACACAGAUCUUAAUGCAUACCUCAUGGAAAACUGCCAGGGAGAAGUAUGUAUGCUCUCCGCUGUAGACUGGGUGAAAGACAACCUGCAUCUCGUCAUUAAUAAGAGCUUACCAGCAUCAACGGCUUCUAAGAAAGAGUCUUCCUCUCCACGGCCACAGGAAGUGUUCAGCCGACUGUGGAUUUACAGCCACCACAUCUACAACAAGACGAAAAGGAAGAACAUCUUGGAGUGGUCCAAGGAGCUGGGCCUGUCCGGAUUUAGCAUGCCUGGGAAGCCUGGUAUUGUCUGCGUGGAAGGUUCUCAUUCUACCUGCGAGGAGUUCUGGUCCAGAGUGAAGGUCCUGACAUGGAAGAAGAUCAUGAUUCGACAUAGAGAGGAUAUUCCCCUUGAUCGUAAAGGCGAGGACAGCAGGGCUGUUGAAAGUAUAGACUUCCUGCGCAAAUUCACUGGCUUUGAAGAGGCAAUGUUUGACCCCCAUGGGAACAGAGGUAAUCACAUGGACCUUGGGCAGCUCUACCAGUUCUUAAACGAGAAAGGCUGUUGUGACGUCUUUCAGAUGUAUUUUGGCAUUGAAGGGAGGUAGUGUUUAGAUCCACGGAGAAUAGGUAUACAUACUGGUGCCUUGUCAUUGAAGUCACUUAACUGUUAACUUAAAAAUUGAUUCCUUAAUUACUGUUUUAGUUUUUUUUUUCACAUACAAGCACAUAAAUAAAUUGUAAGCUUGUGGUCACAUGUCACUGACAUAACUGAAUAAGCUUUUCAUAGAUGUUGCUCAGUCGGUACACCUGGGACUUCAUUGGGAUAAAAGGCAGAAAGAACAUUUCUGCAAUUUUGAGAAACUAAAACUUAUUUUUAGCUAAUAUGGUUUUCAAACUGAGGCAUUAAAAAGAUGUUUAUCGAGAGGUUUCUCGAGGAACUCGGUUAUAUUUGCAAUUUUAAUACCCCUUCAAGGAUCACACCUUGCCCUAGGUGUUUAUUUUCUCAAAUGGCACCAGGUUGUAUUACUACCAGGCUAUUAUAGGAUUUUCAGGUCUGAUACCACAGUAAUAAUUGGACAACAUAGUCAACAAUAUGGUAGAUACCUGUUUUUGAAAUCUGUUGAUUUUCCUCCUGUGAAUUAUAGAUAACAUAACCGUGGAAAGACUUUCUCCAAUUUCCUUUGAAUGAUUUGUUCUGAGAUAAAUUGUGCCUAAUUGUGGAGUACACUUUGGUAAUCAAAAAACGUGGUUAUUGAAGAUGAAUAUCAUUUUCAGCCCAUUGAGAUGAAAAUUUCAAAAAGCAGUCAUAGAUUUGUAUGUGCAUUAUUACAUUAUAUACUGCAUAUUUGAAUGAUGUAGAAAUACUAAAGAUUAUCUCCUCAAAGGAGUUUGAACCCUAGCUGAGCAUUUGGGAGUUCACACUUUGUUAAAAAUGAACUGAUGAAACAAAUGAAAAUCAGCACAUUGUACAAAGCUAGUAGUAGUAUUCAUUAGUUGCAGGUAUUGCAUUGCAUUUACUUGCAAACUUGCUUAGGCUACAAUGCCCAACAGAUGGCAGCGUUAUGUAACCAAAGUUGGAAAACCUGAGCCUAGAUGUUUCUAGUACAAUUCAUAACCUGGAUUUAAAAAAAACAAAACAGUAUUUACCUCAACUUAAGCAGUACAAUCAUGAUUUGGUUAAAAUAAUUGCAAGGCUCUUUUGAAUCAAAUAUGAAUGUAAUGAUUUUAAAAAAAAAGUUUAACUUUUAUGAAUAUCAAUGCAAAUUAAAAUGCUACUUUUAUGAUGUAAAAUGGCAAGUGGGUUAUAUCUGUGGACUUUCACAACAACAAGACACUAACAAGGACAUUCUAAAAUAGCCCACACUCCUCUUCAUCAUCUCAUUUGUGCAUCUGUUAUAACACUGAUUGAGCUUUUUAAAGUAUUUAUCAUACAAUUGGUAACUGAUGAACAGAUACCUGACGCAGAGAUGGCCACGACGUGGGGUGCUCAUUUGAUUUGAGUUCCAUGUCUCCUUUGUUCUGGGGGAUGCUGGUCAGCUUGUAGUCUCCUGUUCUGCUAUUCCUGGUACUACGUGUUUUCGCUGUGCCCUCAGAGAGUGGAUACUUCAGUCAGACCUCUAACUUGCUUCUUCAGAAAUGUUGGUUUAUCGAGGAGAGCUCAACUCUCAGGUGCAUCCACGUUCCGGUUUUCCCCCAGGAUUUGUUAGUCUAAAUCCGGAUGAGCAACCUCUUCCGCCCCCUCAUCUUGCGUUUCUGGUUCUAAAAGCCCUUUCUUAGUAAGCAUUUCUAGAGUAAGGUCUCUAGGCUGAAUCAGUCAGUUGAUGCCUUUAUUAUAGCUGCAGUGUAUAUUACUAAAUACAUUCAUUUACAUGCAAGAGCAUUACAUAGUCUCUAUCGCACUAACAAUUAUACAAACAUCAACACGGAUCAAUGUAUAAAUACCAGCACAUUCAUUCAGUACAACUAUUAAAUUGCAAUGCAUUACAAUUAAAAAUCUGAAUCAUGGUCAAAAUAAUGUCGAAAUGACAGAUUGCUCUAUAUCCAAUUUUCUUUGCGCCAUGGGAAAAAAUAAUGAUAGUUUGUGCAAGUUUUAAGGGGACAUAUGAAAAACUCGGCGCACAAGUUAAAAAAACCUAAAAGGCCCUCUUUAGAGCCUGUGUUUGACUUGUACACUCUGGGCUACUGUAGAAACACAGUGGUGCAACAUGCAUCACGCGGAUUCUGUAA